CCCUGCACAGAUCACAAUUUAUCAGAUAGCCAGAAAAUACUUGAAACGUUUGGUGACUGCUUCCUUUGAGCUUGAAAGUACCAAUUUGGAAUGCCAUCCUACAAGAUAACUGACUACACUUAUCCGACAGAGGGCGGACUCGCUCGCCUCAUCCUCACCUACCAAGGAAUAGAAUUUGAAAACGUGAGAUUUGAAAAGGAAAACGCGUCUGAAGCUGAAGCCGCUGCGCCAUUCGGCCUUCUUCCCAUACUAGAGGAAGAUGGACAACUAGUAGCAGCUGGUCAAGCUCUGUGUCCAUACCUAGCCAUCCAUCUAGAUUUGGCAGGAAAGAACAUCAAGGAGCAGGCCAUGUGUGGUACGAUAAUGAGUGGGCUAUACGAGAUGUUUAGGAAUGUUCGACGAGAGUAUAUCCUCUCCAUGCCUCUGGAGGAAAGA